GCGGGACCGGAGCGGAGGGGGGGGACGCGGUAAUCCGUCCACAGUGCGCAUGCGUGCGAGGCGCGGCUCUGGGAGUGUCCGAACGGCGGCGGCGGUGAGGGCACCGUGAGCAGCUCGCGCUCGGCCGGACUUCGCGGGAACGCGGAACGGGCGGCAUCGAGGAGAAGAGCACGCGCGAUGAGGGACGGAGAGCGGCGGGCGAGCGGGGGCGCGCUCACGGUGUUCGGCCCAGGGGUCGAGGGGGGAUCCGACUCGCCUGCUGCUGCUGUUCGCCAGGACUGAGGGCCGCUGUGUCCGUGGCGUGGGUUGGUCGGUCGGUUGGUUGGUUGGUUCUGUGACCUCCUCCUGCUGAUGAGUGUAAGUUGCUGACGUGCGGCGUGUUAUCCCCUGCGGCGCGUGUUAGUCAGUCGGUGCUGUGGCUGCGCGUGCCGGAGGAGCGGAGGAGCGGAGGAGCGCGCCGGCUCUGGCUCGCGCCGGCACCGCCGGUCAACGACGGACGGACGCGGACGGCGCUUAGUUUUUGUCUCCCGCAGCGGGAGGGAGGGAGAGAGAAAGGAAGAAGGCUCUCGUGCACGUUGACUGAGUGAGUGCUACAGACAAAUAGUAGUGUGUGCACUGACUCUUAGCGCAAAUUUCACCUUGAACUGCACAGUCUGAAGGAGCUGCUUUCGUUUAUAAUAAUAACGGUAUCGCAUCCAUCGCGUGAGGCGUUUCGUUUGAAUUUAUAAAAAUUGUUCUCGCACUCGCGUCACUGUCACAGAGUGAGGAGAGGAGAGGAGCCGGACCGGGACUGACUCUCCGCCUCAAGAAGCUCCGUCCGUGUUCUAGACGGAGCGAACUGUUACUGUAUGUAUAUCAGUGGGUUAAGGAGCUUUUGAGGUAUUUAGGAUUAGGAGGCUCCCAGUUUGGGGGAUGUGGACAGCGUUUGUGCUCCUCCUCCUCCUCCUCUCCCGCGGAAAAGCCACUUAGCGCACGUAUUCCAGUGCUAUGGCGCACCAUUACCGCCGAACGAGGUGAAAAGGUGCCCGCGCCGGUCCUCGCGAGCUGUGGGCGUGGCUCCCGGUGCCACCGGUUGACAGACCGCUGGUCCGUGGCGGGAAGGCGAGGCCCUGGGCCAGGGGCGAGCGGCCCUCCAUGCCGGGGGACAGGAGCGCGAGCGCGGCCUCGGCCGGCCUACAGAGGGACGAGGAUCCCGAGGAGGACGGGGACGAGGACCUGCGGGACGGCGGGGUGCCCUUCUACGUGAACCGGGACGGGCUGCCCAUGGGCGAGGAGACGUGGGAGCGCAUGUGGCGGCACGUGGCCCGGAUCCACCCGGAGGGGGAGGCUGUAGCCCGCAGGAUCAGGGGAGCCUGCGACCUGCCUAAGAUUCCGACACCGAGCGUGCCUACGUACCAGCCGUCCACCACCGUCCCACAGCGCCUGGAAGCCAUACAGCGAUACAUCAGGGACUUGCAGUACAAUCACACUGGAACACAGUUUUUUGAAAUUAAGAAGAACAGGCCUCUUACUGCGUUAAUGGACAUCGCUAAGGAGAUGAUUCGUGAGUCGCUGCCAAUCAAGUGUCUUGAGGCAGUGAUCCUUGGCAUUUACCUCACAAACAGCAUGCCGGGUGUGGAGCGCUUCCCCCUCAGCUUUAAGACGCAGUUCUCAGGGAACCACUUCCGGCACAUUGUGCUGGGCAUACACAGCGGGGGCCGCUUCGGGGCGCUGGGCAUCAGCCGACGGGAGGACCUGAUGUUUAAACCACUAGAGUUUCGCACGCUGGUGGACCUGCUGCAAGAGUUUGAGAGCGCGUACCGCGGCUACUGGCACACAAUUCGCAAGGUGAAGAUUGGUCAGUAUGUGUCGCACGACCCACACAGUGUGGAACAGAUUGAGUGGAAGCACUCUGUCUUGGACAUGGACAAGCUGUCCAAGGAGGAGCUGCGACGGGAGCUUGAGAGGCACACCCGUGAUAUGCGGCUCAAGAUUGCCAAGGCUGCUCCCACCUCCCCAACCAAAGACAGGAAGAAAGACAUGGGGUCCCCCCACCGAGGCCAAGGCAGCCCCCUGCGCCGCAACAGCCGCACCGAGCGACGGUACGCUUUGGUGUUUGCCAGCUCUGUUUCAUGUACGCAUAUGAACAUUGGAAUCUCGAGCCUGCUGAGACUGAUGAUAAUAUAUGAAGACCUUCCGGUGAAAAGAAGACACUGGAGCAGAAGCCCCCCAGUGACAUGAAUGGGUACCAGAUCCGUGUGUGAGGGGGCAGUGAGCCCCCCGCUGCCUGGGAGGUUCUUCGAAACAGAUCCGAUGCACCAGGUGCUUUUGAUCCACCUAACGCCACAGCAACACAUGAUGGGUGAUGUAAAGCAUUCUUAAAAACCAACAAAGACAUUAACAGUUUUUAAUUUUUUAAACAAAAUGUUUUUUUUUUUUUUUUCAUGAUGCAGGGAUAUUUCUGCUGCUUUGCAAUUCACGCAACAAGAAAUCAAUGUGAAUUGCAAAAUAGUGGAUUUACUUUUUUAACAGCUAAUUUUGGGGCCAUUUUUACAUAAGUGAACCCAUCAUAUUGAUCACGUGAGAUUUUCAGCGAUCGUUGGGCAUCUUUGCAUUGCUCUUGAUGUAUAUAAACACAAUUAACCUUAAGCUCUGCUGGCCAGUAACCAAGCUUUUGUAGAAACUAGUUUGCAAGCCAAGCAUCUGGUGCCUUUUAUUUAGAAUUUAAGGAGUAGUCAAUAAAUCAUAAAUACAGAAACAGGGCACUGACACAUAUCUGCAAGGUAAACUAAGGGGGAGCACUGUUUUGUUAACGGCAGGUUAGUGAGUAGACGACACGCACGCACACUCCCACUGUGUUGAAGCAAUUCAUCAGUGACUUGUGAGCAUAUGCUGUGUUCUGCAAGGCACGCUACUGUAUCGCCCUCCCGUAGAGGGAAUUCCGUGCAGAGUCGAGCCAAUUUCACGCAAACUCUUUGCUGUGGAAACGUAUACACAUAAAACACAUUUGAACUUGCAACUUCUUGGCAGUAUUUGUGGCUCUACUGAAUAGAUACUGACAGUUCUUUCUCUUCUAGCACCAGUAGUGAAUGUGAGGGACACAUAUCCAUUUCUUAUUCAUAAGGACACAUAUUCCAAGGUUUUGACAUUGAGUAUAUUAAGUAUUUCAAUGUUCGAAGACCUGCUUGUUCUGAAAUGGAGGUGGACCCCAAGGGAUGGUUUUCCCCUUUAUCGUAGUUUGAUCUUGAUGUUCGUAGCUGCUGACCUUCGGAACAACAGACUACAGAUGUCUGUUGUCAGAGAGACCUGCCCGCUACAAAAACCGCUCUAUUUUAAUAAAAGCUUAAAUCAUUUGUUUACAUAGGUUUCUUGGACAAGGUGUAAUCGUGGUCAGAUGUAAAAGAUAGCCUGCCUGUAUGUUGGUUGGAGGUAGUUUUUAAUAAUGUAUUUUGCAAAGUGUUUUGGAAGGGACAGUGUUUUUCUUAGACAUUUUAAAAGGUGGCUUCAGGUAGUAAUCCUGUGCUUUAAGUGUUAGCCAAGGUUUGUGAAGUCUUAAGUUUAGGUGCAAAAAGUGGUUUGUUUACAAUAUUCACAUUGUGUACAAAGUGCAGGGACGUUGCUGUCUUUGUGUUUGUGUUAAGCCCUAAAAUGACACUUGAUUAGUUUUCAGCACAAAUCAGAAUUAUGUCUGCUCUAGAGGCAAUCAUUUUUCCCAAAAACACACCCAAGAAGAUGCUCUCUAUUUCACAUAUUUUUGAGUAGUCAGCAGUGGUACAAACCUGCAAAAACAAAACUGGGUGUCUGAGGAUCACAUCUGCUAUCUAAUGAAAACAACUAUUGCCUCCUUAGGGAGUUCUCCUUUGGAGACAGCUUUUUAACACUCGAGCGUUACAUUCCUCUUCUAAAUGUAUUUACUUUGCAUUACGUCUAAAGUUUAUAGUCUCUUUGCCAUCAUGAUGCGUGCAUUUGUUUUUUAUGUGAGGUCUAAGGGGAUGUGCGCUGAGUUCACACACUGCUUGAGAAGUCCUGACUCCUUAGCCUGUGUGCUCUAGAGACUUGGGUUCGAGCCCAGAGCAAAGAUGGGCUUUCUUGCACCGGAUCCAUACGACAACGAAUUCAGCACACUUGUUCUGCGUACACACACGGGAACAGAGCCUCUCAAACGUGACCAAGGCCAGGAGGAGUACGUCUGUGGCCCUUGAGCUCUCUCUUGGUGGCAGUUUCCGCUCGUGUUUUUGUCAUUCACUUUAAUGAAAACAAGGGGAAAAGGCAAACCCUUUACUGCCACUGGCAGACAGUGGCACAGUGAUUAGUUUGAUGAACAAUUUAGAGAAAUUUACAGGUUUCCUGUUGCUUUUUAUACUGUGUAAAGUUGUCUGAAAAGAACAAGGAAGUGUUAUGCAGAACAUUCUUUCUUCAGAAAAAUGACCAUUCUGAAAGAAAAU